UGAACGCGCAUCCCGAUCCUUACGUCACUGAAGCGCCCUGGCUCGGGAUCUACUGGUAGUGCUGGCAAUAGAGGAGAAAAAUAGCAACUGCUUCGGAAAAGAGGCAUUUUCUAUCGGUUGUAACGGUUCCUCAACGGAUAACGGUUCUAUCUGACGCCGGAUACGGAUAAUUGACAUAACUGGACUAACCGGAUUUAUGAGAAGAAGAUCAUUGCCUCAUCCCAGGACCCAUGGACUAAAUGGAUGUUAAACCCACCUUUCUCGCCAAGUUUACCACUCAUCAUAGUCCAAUCAUCAUAGUCCAAUCAUCAUAGUCCAAUCAUCAUAGUCCAAUCAUCAUUGUCCAAUCAUCAUAGUCCAAUCAUCAUAGUCCAAUCAUCAUAGUCCAAUCAUCAUAGUCCAAUCAUCAUAGUCCAAUCAUCAUAGUCCAAUCAUCAUAGUCCAAUCAUCAUAGUCCAAUCAUCAUAGUCCAAUCAUCCAGGAAAUGCAGGAUCUUUGAACAUGAACAAUCUGUUCCUCUCCUUCAGCUGAGACAGACUGCCAGUCAGUAACCACAUAGUGUAACACUCUCUGUAUCAGGGCACUGUAGUCCACAUCUAUUGGAGGAUCACUUAGUCUCAGUAUCUCACCUUUAACCCCUCACCCCCAGCCCUUGACCCUUAACCCCUGACCCCUAACCAUGUACGGCAGCUCCCGCUCCGUUGCCAAGAUGGAGGGCAACAACGGCAGCAGUCAGAGUCCCGGUCGCUCCCCCUGCCUGCCCCGCUCCCCGCGCCUCGGCCACCGUCGCACCAACAGUACAGGAGGCCCCGGGGGAAAGACCCUCUCCAUGGAGAACAUCCAGUCUCUGAACGCGGCCUAUGCCACCUCCGGACCCAUGUACCUCAGUGACAACGAGGUCAUCUCUCAACAGACCCAGGCCUAUCCCAACCCCAACCACGACCCUAGCCUGCCCAAGAGCACCAUGACCCUGGGUCGCUCCGGAGCAAAGCUCCCUUACGGCGUUCGGACAACCGCCAUGGGCUCCAACCCCAACAUCAGCCAGGGAGGUGGAGGCUCGUCCAUGCCCAGUGACAGCAUCGCGUUUGGGUGUGACCAAGUGUCCUCGUCCCAGUCCAGCCUCCAGCAGGCGUCCACGGUGCCUCACUCCUUACGCCAAACCAGAGACAACACCAUCAUGGACCUCCAGACCCAGCUGAAGGAGGUGCUGAGGGAGAACGAGCUCCUCCGGGGGGAGGUGGAUGUGAAGGAGAGCAAGCUGAGCUCUUCCAUGAACUCCAUCAAGACCUUCUGGAGCCCCGAGCUGAAGAAGGAGAGAGCCCUGAGGAAGGACGAGGUGUCCAAGAUCUCUGUCUGGAAGGAGCAGUACAGAGUGGUACAGGACGAGACUCAGCACCUCCAGAUGACGGUGCAGGCCUUGCAGGAUGAGCUGAGGACUCAGAGAGAUCUGAAUCAGUUGUUCCAGCAGGACUGUAGUGGAGGGAGACCUGGAGAACCUCUGUCAUUCGAACCCACUGAGGAGAACUUCCACAGGCUCCAAGCUGAACACCAGAGACAGGCCAAAGAGUUGUUCCUCCUGAGGAAGACGCUGGAGGAGAUGGAGUUGAGGAUCGACAGUCAGAAACAGACCCUGGGGGCCAGAGACCAGUCCAUCAAGAAACUACUGGAGAUGCUGCAGAGCAAAGGUCUGUCAGCCAAGGCCUCAGAGGAAGACCAUGAGAGGACCAGGAGACUGGCUGAGGCUGAGAUGCACAUCCACCACCUAGACAGUCUACUGGAACAGAAAGACAAGGAGACCAACGCCCUACGAGAGGAGCUGCACCGACGGAGCUAUGAAGGAGCCCCUGAAUCAGCCAAGACCAAGGCCCUGCAGACCGUCAUCGAGAUGAAGGACUCUAAGGUCCAGUCUCUGGAGCGAGGUCUGAGGGACCUGGAGGAAGAGAUUGAGAUGUUAAAGUCUAACGGGGCUCUGAGCACUGAGGAGAGAGAGGAGGAGAUGAAACAAAUGGAGGUGUACAGAUCCCACUCCAAGUUCAUGAAGAACAAGGUAGAGCAGCUGAAGGAGGAGCUGUCUCAGAGAGAGGUCCAGGGGGAGGAGCUUAAGCAGAAGGCUGCCGACCUGCAGGAGGAAGUGUCUGCCAUUGACCAGGUAAAGCAGGACCUCAGCAGGAAGGAGACAGAGCUGAUGGGGAUGAGGACCAAGCUGGAGACUCUCACCAACCAGUUCUCAGACAGCAAACAGCACAUCGAGGUCCUCAAGGAGUCACUGACCGCUAAGGAACAGCGCUCUACUAUCAUUCAGACAGAGGUGGAUGCUCUGCGUCUGCGUCUGGAAGAGAAAGACUCCCAGCUGAAUAAGAAGUCGAACCAGAUCCAGGAGACGUCUGAGGAGAAGGGGACGCUCAGCAGAGAGGUACACGACCUCAAGGACAUGCUGGAGGUCAAGGAGCGCAAGGUCAACGUCCUGCAGAAGAAGAUUGAGAAUCUACAGGAGCAGCUGAGAGACAAGGAGAAACAGAUGAGUAGUCUGAAGGACAGAGUCAGGUCUCUCCAGACAGACACCUCCAACACUGACACAGCUCUCACCACCCUGGAGGAAGCACUGGCUGAGAAGGAGCGUAUCAUUGAGCGUCUGAAGGAGCAGAGAGACAGAGACGACAGAGAGAAGACAGAAGACAUCGAGUCCAACAAGAAAGAACUGAAGGAGCUCAGAGAGAAACUCAGUCUACUGCAGGGAGACCUGUCUGACCGAGAGACCAACCUGUUAGACCUUAAGGAACAUGCUUCGUCCCUGGUCUCCUCCGGUCUGAAGAAGGACUCUAAACUGAAGAGUCUGGAGAUGUCUCUGGAACAGAGGAAAGACGAGUUCAUCAAGAUGGAGAACCAACUCAAGAAGCAGUCUCAUCUCUUGUCAGACCAUCCCUCCAAUCCUGCCCAGAAUGCCAUGCUGGAGGCCCAGGCCAACACGGAGCUGUCAGAACGCAUCGUUACUCUGGAACAGGAAGUGACUCGGCACAGAGAGGAUUCUGGGAAGGCCCAGGUGGAGGUGGACCGAUUGCUGGAGAUCCUCAGAGAGAUGGAGAAUGAGAAAAACGACAAGGACAAGAAAAUCAAUGAACUGGAGAAUUUUGCUUCAAGACAGGUGAAGGACCAGACUAAGACGGUGGCCCACCUGAAACAUAAGGAGCAGGUGGAGAAGAGUAAGAACGCCCAGCUGGUGCAGGAGGUCAGGAAGAGAGAGGACAACCUCAAUGAGAGCUCUCAACACGUCAAGGACUCCCUGCGCCAGAAGGAGGAGCGAAUAGAGGAGCUGGAGGAGGCUCUGAGAGAGAGUGUCCAGAUCACAGCAGAGAGAGAGAUGGUUCUGGCUCAGGAGGAAGCUGCUCGCACACACACUGAGAAACAGAUGGAGGAGCUGCUUGCGGCCAUGGGGAAGGUGAAACUGGAGCUGGAGUCCAUGCAGGCCAAGCUGUCCUCUACCCAGCAGUCAUUGGCUGAGAAGGAGGCCCACCUGACCACACUGAGGGCAGAACGCAGGAAACACCUGGAGGAGGUGCUGGAGAUGAAGUAAGAGAGAUAAUAUAUACACCUGAUCACGC